AUGGCCACAGUCGAUCAGGAGAUCGCCAUAUCAGUGACAGCUCCAGAACUGGUUGUACAGUUUCUUCAUGCCGGCAUUCAUCUUGUCGGCCAACUUUAUGGAAUCCAUAGUCUUUCAAUUGAUGAAGAUCCUGUCGAGGGAUGGGAUACAUGCAACCUGCACGCCCAGUUGACCAUUCUGAGCGACAGCAUAGCGCAUGAUUGUCCAAGGAAUAUUGGACCGCUAUCGGAACAACACCAGGCACUGGAUGACCUCCGCACCACCUGUCAACUCACUCUCCUGAUUAUUUUAUCUCGCCUGGGGCUGAUACAGGACCUCGGGCCCGAUGCACCCCUACAUGUCGGGGAACUGCAGAAGUUUUGGCCUCGAGAAGACGUGGAAGCAUUGGAAGACCGCAUAAUUUUACUGAAGUUGAGAUUGGAGGAGGCGACUCUGUCAGCGCAAAACCCAAUCAUUGAUAGUGACGCACUCCUCUACUUGGACAUUAGUCGAGGCAGAAAAACGCCUAUAAACCUUCAUACACAAGACAAAAGACCAAAGAUAAACGAAAGGUCCUCCAAACCUAGCAUUGUGACAAUUAUCGGCAAAGAUGCUGCGAGUGGUCAGAACGCAGUGGAAUUUGAGGUUGAUAAGGUCUACUCAGAGGACACGGUAUUUACAGACCACGAGACUACUAUCCAAGAUGUUUUGAUGGAAGCUAUAAGAUUUUCAUCGAUGACUGAUCGAGAGGAAAGUGUCGCUGUCGCACAUAGCAAGACAUUUGACUGGAUAUUCGACUCCGAUAAACAGAACCCCCUCUUGCAAGAGUUGCAGUCAAGGAAUUCUCUCAGUGGCUGGUUACAAGAUGGUGAGCACCAAGAGGGUAUCUACUGGAUUAGCGGCAAAGCAGGAUCCGGAAAGUCUACCUUAAUGCGUUUUGUGAUGCACCAUGCCAGAACCAUGAGCUUACUUCGCUCAUGGGCACGGAAUGAGCGACUCAUCACCGCCGGCUUUUAUUUCUGGAUUAGCGGUACCUUGGAGCAGAGGUCUCAGACUGGCUUGCUACGCCAUCUUUUAGCCCAAUUACUGGACCAGCAAAGAUAUCUCAUCCCAAUAGUCUUUCCGGUGAGAUGGGAACACCUUCUAUCUUUGAGUACACGGGAACGCGUGAAGGCCUCGAUCUCAUGGGACCUUCUUGAGCUUACAGCUGCAUUAAAAUCAUUUUUGGAUUACGCAGGCCGGGGAGGCAAAGUUUGUUUGUUCAUUGAUGGGUUAGAUGAAUUCGCAGGCGACCAUCAGCAAAUCGUGGAAUUUUUCAAGGAUUGCGUUGCUUCGUACCCUCACGUCAAAAUUUGUCUAUCUAGUCGACCCCUUCCCACUUUUCGUGCGGCUUUUGGAACGAAUCCCGGCCUUGAGCUCCACGAAUUGACCCGUAAAGAUAUGCUUCACUUUGCCCAGGAUCAUCUACAUGGUGACCCCUUGAUCAGCCAAGUCCUCUCCAAAGAUGAAGAAGCGGCAUCAAAGCUUAUCAAGAGCGUUGUUACGGGGGCGGAAGGUGUUUUUCUCUGGGUUGUGCUUGUGGUUCAAUCCCUACUGCGCCGUGGAAACUAUCGAGAUGUUUGGCAAAUGCAUGAAUUUCUGGGACAACAUCCCACCGACUUGGAUGACCUAUUCACAUACUUCGUGUUUGAUUCUGCAUCGAAACAUCAAACUUCGAUGGCUUCACGCCUGUUUCAGCUCAUUCAGGCUAGACAAGAGGCUUGUUAUGCUACUCGACAAGAAGAUACAGCAUCAACGAACCUCUGGGAAUUUGCUCUUGCCGACCAAUUCGAGGAAAUUGUGGAUCAUAUUCCAAAAGAUGUGCAACAGGCAAGCGAUCAAGAUAUCACCCGGAUAGUUGAAGUAACCGAAAGUCGACUGUCUAGGGAAUGUGCAGGGUUGAUAGUGACUCACACCUCAGGCUUGUCAACAAGCAUACUUCAGCGCAAUAUGCCAUCGCUGGCACAGCAACUAGGCUAUAAAAAGGUAUCCUACGUCCAUAGGACCGUGAAGGAUUUCCUCUCACUACCUCCUAUUCGAUCCCGCCUCUUGGAGCCCAUGAUAGGAUCCAGUUUUGAGCCCCAUACGUCGCUUCUCUCCUCUAUUAUCUUCCAGUUCAAAUGGCCCUUAGAUGAAUUCCAUCCCAAUCGACAGAUAGACGACCGAUGGCCCAACAUAAUCCUUGCUUUUACUCAUGCACGAUUGUCCCCAAAUACUUGGCAGUCGCAGCUGGUACUUAUUCCCGAGUUGGACAGAGUCCUGUGUCAGCAUUGGGUGUCUCGCAGUUCGAUUGAACAUGAUCAUUGGGCACGAAGCCUUUUUUCAUCUUACGAGAAACGAAAGAAUAUGAGCUUUCCUAAUGCAUUUUUCUCACUAUCUGCUAAGUUCGGCCUAGCAACCCUGAUACGUGAACGCAUUUGGGAAGAUGAUAGCAUAUCGCAAGGCAGUGAUAGCGGGAUACCCCUUCUCAGUCAUUCCAUCGAGCUUCUCGCCAGUAGGCGACAAAGCGUGUACCCUUUAUCCAGUCCAGAAAUAGUCGGUGAAAUUCUCACGAGUGGUGCCAAUCCGAACCAGUCUUACCAAGGUCUGAAUGGAAAAUCCCAGACGCCAUGGCUGGUUGUCCUGGAUUAUCUCAGAGAGGCAGAUCGUCGCCAGUGGAUUGGGUACUAUGACACCAGUGAAGAUGGCGCCUCUCGUCUGUCGGCGAUCAUUUCACUAUUCAUUCAGCACGGUGCCGACCCGAAUGGGUUGCUUGUUGAGACCAAAUUUGAUCCGUCAGCUUCUGCCCUGGAAAUCCUGACUGCCAUAUACCGGAAAUAUGCUGCUCCAGAAUUUGGCCGACUACGCAAGGUAUUGAUUGAAAAAGGAGCCAAGGAGCGAGCAGGAAAUGACAUUAUGUAUCAAGUGUAUGGUAGUUAG